AUGAAUAUUUCUACCCCUCAAUACCCAAGUUUUAAACUCUCUCCAGAGUCUCCAUCCUCAUCAUGGGAUGAGCUUCUUUUUGUUGAGAAUUUCCUUUCACUACACAAAGGUGAUGCAGCAAAUGAGAAUCUUCAAUUCAAGAUCUUCACCGAGGAAGUUCAAGAACCAAUGAAUAUCGAUUUCUCCAAGGGGAAAAACAAAGAAAAGGUCAAUUUCAAGGCCAAUGAAGAGAAUCUAAAGCAAAAGCACUACAUAGGAGUUCGAAGGCGACCAUGGGGAAGGUUCGCAGCCGAGAUUAGGGAUUCAACAAGACAAGGAAUGAGGGUUUGGCUCGGAACGUUUGAUAGUGCUGAGGAGGCCGCUUUGGCUUAUGAUCAAGCUGCAUUUUCGAUGCGAGGCCAGUUAGCUCUCCUGAACUUCCCAAAGGAGAGAGUCCAGGAGUCGCUUCGAGGCAUGAAGAUGAAGUGCAGCUACAAGGAUGGAUAUUCCCCAGUUGCAGCGCUGAAGGAAACACAUAAGAUGAGAAGUGUGUCGAAAGGUAGGAGAAAGAAAGGGAAAGAAAUAAAUGGAGGAAAUGUUUUGAUAUUUGAGGACUUAGGAGCAGAUCUGUUAGAUGAGCUCCUGAGUUCAUAUGAGAGUGAAAGUACAAGAUCGUAA